UCUCAUAGAUCCGUUUUACAGUUCGAGCAAGUAUGGCUCUCUGCAUUGCCAAUAAAACUCACUCACUGGUUUCAAAUCCUAUGACUUCAGUUUAUUUUACACACUCCAAUUACAGUCAUAAAAUGCCAUAGUCAUCCGCUACUCAUUUCAAACUACCACAUCAUGAAGGAGGCGCUGCACAUUCUGCUGAUUGCACAAAACCCGCCCUGAAGACUAUUCUAUUUUAUCCAAGACUUGUAUUCUCAAGAACGCGCUUUCAUAAUGCAAAAAUGUCCACCUUUACAUCGCUCACAGGCGAUUCGUCUUGCUACACGCGUAACAUUCCAUAAUAAGCUUAUUUACAUGUAUGUCAAGUGCGGAAGUUUGGUUGAUGCCCGUAAAGUGUUUAACCAUAUGAAAGAACGAGACAGCGUCUCAUGGAAUACGAUUAUUGCAGCGUACAAAAGACAUGGGUUUCCUCAAGAGGCAGUCACACUGUUUUACCAUAUGCAACAAACAGGUCUUCAACCGGAUAAGUUCACAUUUGCCAGCGUACUUCCAGCCUGUGCCAAAAUGGGAGCUUUGGAACAAGGUAUGGACAUCCAUCAAAGUAUAAUGGAAGGGGGUUUUUUGUCAGAUACUAUAGUUGGAAAUGCUUUGGUAGACGUGUAUGCGAAAUGUGGAAGCAUAGACAAGGCAUGUGAACUGUUUGAGAGAAUGCCUCAAAGAGAUGUCAUCUCAUGGAAUGCAAUGAUUGCCGGAUAUGCACACAAUGGAUUUGUUGAGAAGGCUUUAGAAACAUUCAAGCAAAUGCAAUCGGCAGGUGUAAAGCCAAGUUCCACAACCUUUGUCAGCAUCCUCCCGGCCUGUGCCAAAAUGGGAGCUUUGGAUCAGGGUAUGGAUAUCCACCAUAGCAUCAAGGAUAGAGGAAUUUUGUCAGAUGUUGGAGUUGCAACUGCCUUGGUAGACAUGUAUGCAAAAUGUAGAAGCAUAGACAAAGCACGCGAAAUAUUUGACAAAAUGCCUCGAAGAGAUGUAGUCUCAUGGACUGCAAUGAUUGCAGGAUAUGCACAAAAUGGAUUUGUUGAAAAUGCUUUAGAAACUUUAAAGGAAAUGCAGUCGGCAGGUGUAAAGCCAGACUCCGCAACCUUUGCCAGUAUCCUCUCUUCUUGUGCUAAAAUGGGGUUUUUGGAACAGGGUAUGGACAUCCACAAAAGCAUGAAGGAUAGAGAAUUUUUGUCAGAUGUUAUAGUUGCGACUACCCUGGUAGACAUGUACGCAAAAUGUGGAAUGAUAGACAAGGCACAUGAAUUGUUUUGCAUGAUGCCUCAAAAAAAUGUGUAUUCAUGGACUGCAAUGAUUGCAGGAUAUGUACAGAAUGGAUUGACUGAAAGAGCCUUAGAAGCGUUCAAGCAAAUGCAAUUGACAGGAGUAAAACCGAAUUCCACAACCUUUGCCAGCAUCCUCCCUGCCUGUGCCAAAAUGGGAGCUUUGGAACACGGUAUUAAUAUUCAUCAAAACAUAAAGGAUGAAGGAAUUUUGUCAGAUGUUGUAGUUGCAACUGCCCUGAUAGACAUGUAUGCAAAAUGUGGAAGUUUAGACAAGGCACGUGAGUUGUUUGACAGAAUGCCUCAAAAAAAUGUGUUCUCAUGGACUGCAAUGAUUGCAGGAUAUGCGCAAAAUGGAUUUGUUGAAAAGGCUUUAGAAACUUUCAAGCAAAUGCAAUCGGCAGGUAUAAAGCCAGACUCCACAACCUUUGCUAGCGUCCUCCCUGCCUGUGCCAAAAUGGGAGCUUUAGAACAGGGUAUGGACAUCCAUAAAAGCAUAAAGGAUAGAGGAAUUUUAUCAGAUGUUGUAGUUGCAACUGCCCUGGUAGACAUGUAUUCAAAAUGUGGAAGUAUAGGCAAGGCGCGUGAACUGUUUGACAGUAUGCCUCAAAGAGAUGUCAUUUCAUGGAAUGCAAUGAUUGCAGGAUAUGCACAAAAUGGAUUUUCUGAGGAUGCUCUCAAAAUUUUUGAAUUAAUGGAGCACUCUGGAACAUAUCCUGACAUUGUAAGCUUUGCUUGUGUACUGUGUGCAUGCAGUUAUGCAGGUUUAGUGCAUAAUGGUUGCACAUACUUCACUCACAUGAGUAGCCUUUACUGCAUUACACCUACAGUUGACCAUUAUGUGUGCAUGGUUGACCUUCUUGGCCGUGCUGGCUAUCUUGAGGACAGCCUCAACUUUAUCAUUAAGAUGCCAGUUAAACCUGUGGUGGUUGUGUGGAUGUGUUUUCUUGGUGCCUGUAAAUCACAUAUGAAUAUUGGCUUAGGAGUAUUUACAGCGACUCUGCUUUUUGAUUUGGAUCCGAAAAAUGUUGCGACUUAUGUUCUUCUCUCAAACAUAUAUGCAGAAGUGGGCAGGUGGGAUGAAGUUCAAAUGGUAAGGAGAUUGAUGAAAGAUGAGGGGAUUAAAAAGAUCCCUGGAUGUAGUUGGAUUGAAGACCACGGAAUGGUACAUGCUUUUUGUGUCGGAGACAGAUCACAUCCACAGUCAAAGGAGAUCUAUGCAAUGCUGGAGAAAUUGGCUUGGGAGAUGAAGGCAGCAGGGUAUUUUCCUAAUUCAAGACAUUUACUUAAUGCUGUGGAAGAGGAGGAAAAGGAAUUAUUUCUCUGUCACCAUAGUGAAAAGUUGGCAAUUGCAUUUGGUUUGUUAAGCACAGCCUCGGGAACAACUAUUAGAGUUGUUAAGAACCUUCGAGUAUGUGCUGAUUGUCACACUGCAACGAAAUUUAUCUCUAAGAUUGUUGCAAGAGAAAUUGUUGUGAGAGAUGCAAACCGUUUCCAUCAUUUUAAACAGGGACAAUGUUCUUGUGGAGAUUAUUGGAGACAGAUUGCAUCCACAGACACACCAUGCAAUGUUGGAGAAAUUGGCUUGGAGAUGAAGGCAAAAGGAUUCCGGGCUUACCACUGGCAAUACCAUUCGGAUACACGUAGACUGAGUAAUACUGCCGAUUUUCAACGCUUUGGUUACAGCCAUCAAAUGCCAUUGCCAUCCACUAGUCAUCUCAAUGUGACAACAUUAUGCAGAGACGGUCAGUUGAAGGAGGCGCUGCACAUUCUGCUUACUACACACAAUCCCCCUGAAGAAUUCCAUCCAUAUCUUCAAUUAUUACAGACCUGUGUUCUCAAGAACGCGCUUUCACAAGGGGAAAAUGUCCACGCUUUCAUCGCUCAUAGGCGAUUCGCAUUUGCUACACAAACAACUUUUCAUAAUAAGCUUAUUUACAUGUAUGUCAAGUGCGGAAGUUUGGUUGAUGCCCGUAAAGUGUUUGACCAUAUGAACGAGCGAGAUGGCGUCUCAUGGAAUACGCUUAUUACAGCGUACAGAAGACGUGGAUAUCCUCAAGAGGCAGUCACACUCUUUCGCCAUAUGCAACAAACAGGGCUUCAACCUGAUCAGUUCACAUUUGCUAGCGUACUCCCAGCCUGUGCCAAAAUGGGAGCUUUGGGACAGGGUAUGGAUAUCCAUCAAAGCAUAAAGGAUAGAGGAUUUUUAUCAGAUGUUGUAGUUGCAACUGCCUUGGUAGACAUGUAUGCAAAAUGUGGGAAUAUAGACAAGGCACGUGAAUUGUUUGACAGAAUGCCUCAAAGAAAUGUGUUCACAUGGAAUGCAAUGAUUGCAGGAUAUGCACAAAAUGGAUUCGUUGAAAAGUCCUUACAAACUUUCAAGCAAAUGCAGUUGUCAGGUGUAAAGCCAGACUCCAUAACCUUUGCCAGCGUCCUUCCUGCCUGUGCCAAAAUGGGAGCUUUGGAACAGGGUAUUGACAUCCAUCAGAAUAUAGAGGAUAGAGGUUUUUUCUCAGAUGUUACAGUUGCAACUGCCCUCGUAGACAUGUAUUCAAAAUGUGGAAGCAUAGACAAGGCACGUGAACUUUUUGACAGAAUGCCUAAAAGAAGUGUGGUGUCGUGGACUGCAAUGAUUUCAGGAUAUACACAAAAUGGAUUUGAUGAAAUGGCUUUAGAAACUUUCAAGCAAAUGCAGUCGGCAGGUGUAAAGCCAGACUUGACAACCUUUGCCAGCAUCCUCCCUGCCUGUGCCAAAAUGGGAGCUUUGGAACAGGGAAUGGACAUCCAUCACAGCAUAAAGGAUAGAGGAGUUUUGUCGGAUAUUGUUGUUGCAACAGCUUUGGUAGACAUGUAUGCCAAAUGUGGAAGCAUGGAUAAUGCACGUGAACUGUUUGACAAAAUGCCUCAAAGAGAUGUCAUCUCAUGGAAUGCAAUGAUUGCAGGAUAUGUACAAAAUGGAUUUGUUGAAAAGGCUUUAGAAAUUUUCAAGCAAAUGCAAUUGAUAGGCAUAAAGCCAGACUCCACAACCUAUGCCAGCAUCCUUCCUACCUGUGCCAAAAUGGGAGCUUUGGAACAGGGAAGGAGCAUUCAUCAAAGCGUAAAGGACAGAGGAAUGUUGUCAGACGUUGUAGUUGCAACAGCCCUGGUAGACAUGUAUGCAAAAUGUGGAAGCAUAGACAAGGCAUGUGAGUUGUUUGACACUAUGCCUCAAAGAAACGAAUUCUCAUGGACUGCAAUGAUCGCAGGAUAUGCACAAAAUGGAUUUGAUGAAAAGGCUUUAGAAACCUUCAGGCAAAUGCAAUUGUCAGGUGUAAAGCCAAAUUCCACAACCUUUGCCAGCGUCCUCCCUGCCUGUGCCAAAAUAGGAGAUUUGGAACAGGGCAUGGGCAUCCAUCAGAGCAUAAUAGACAGAGGACUUUUGUCAGAUGUUGUGGUUACAACUGCCCUGAUAGACAUGUAUGCAAAAUGUGGAAGCAUAGACAAGGCGUAUGAACUGUUUAACAAAAUGCCUCAACGAAAUGUGGUCUCGUGGACUGCAAUGAUCGCAGGAUAUGCACAAAAUGGAUUUGUUGAAAAGGCUUUAGAUAAUUUCAAGCAAAUGCAAUUGGCAGGUGUAGCGCCAGACUCCUCAACCUUUGCUAGCAUCUUUCUUGCCUGUGCCAAAGCGGGAGCUUUGGAACACGGUAUGGACAUCCAUCAAAGCAUAAAGGAUACAGAAAUUUUGUCAGAUGUUGUAGUUGCAACUGCCCUGGUAAACAUGUAUGCAAAAUGUGGAAGCAUAGACAGAGCACGGGAACUUUUUGACAGAAUUUCUAAAAGAGAUAUCAUCUCUUGGAAUGCAAUGAUUGCAGGAUAUGCACAAAAUGGACUUUGCAAGGAUGCUCUCAAAAUCUUUGAAUUAAUGAAGAACUCUGGAACAUUUCCUGACAUUGUAAGCUUUUCUUGUGUUCUAUGUGCAUGCAGCCAUGCAGGUUUAGUGGAUGAGGGCUGCACAUACUUCAAUCACAUAAGUAACUCCUAUUGCAUUACACCUACAGUUGAUCAUUAUGUGUGCCUGGUUGACCUUCUUGCUCGUGCUGGCUAUCUUGAGGACUCCCUAAACUUUAUCAUUAAGAUGCCAGUUAAACCUGCGGUGGUUGUGUGGAUGUGUUUUCUAGGUGCCUGCAGAUCAUAUAAGAAUAUGGGCUUAGGAGUAUUUACAGCGACUUUGCUUUUUGAUCUGGAUCCUAAAAAUGCUGCGACUUAUGUUCUUCUUUCGAACAUGUAUGCAGAAGUGGGCAGGUGGGAUGAGGUUCAAAUGGUGAGGAGAUUGAUGAAGGAUACAGGAAUUAAAAAGAUCCCUGGAUUUAGUUGGAUUGAAGGCCAUAAAAUGGUACAUGCUUUUUGUGUAGGAGACAGAUCAUAUCCACAGGCACAGGAGAUCCAUGCAGAGUUGGAUUAA